AGGGGGUGGAGAGAGGAGCACUGAAAGCAGGGGAGAUACGACAAAACAACGCCCGCCAAAAAAAAUAAGAACCACAAGGUCCAUAUGGACAGGACUGAGAGGAACCAGGACUGUGCUUGGAGUUGUUCUGAGGGUCUACAGUGUAAACCCAGAGCUUACUCUCCACUGUCAGCAUUUCACUGCAGGAAUCAGGCUGUUAGCAGCGCCGUGUUCAAUAAUGUGAUGUUGUCUACUGUGUUAGCGUGUGAGGGGAGGAAAUGUUCACUCCAGCUCAAAAUCGCAGCAUCAGUGAAUGUUACUGGCGAUAUUCGUGGAGUUUCAGUGUGUGCCGACUCUGCAGGGAUGAUAGGACAUUGCCAGAUGUAUACCUUUGGUCAUGUUGGCAAAGGAAAAGCCACAGGAAAACAGGUUGAUGUGCAGUUUAAGUGUGUUCCUGUUAGACCUGGACAGCUUGUUUUUGUGACUCUCAAAACGAUUCCCAACUACUGUAAGGCUAUGUGGACACAAAGACACCUUGUUCCAGAAUGCAGUCACGAAGGUAUCAGAGAUGAAAUUACAGAGUGCAUCACUGGGAAGCUGGUGUUCACUGUAGAUAAAGCCAGGAAUAUGUUAACAGUGAAAGUAACUGAUGCUCCUGAGAACACAGAUUACAACCUCAGACUCUGCCAUAAACGCAAUGUCAUCUGUGCAGGGGAAGGGGCACACAGAACAAUAAAACCACAAUAUCUAGAUAGUAGCAUAACGCUUCAUUAUUCCAAACCAUUGCCCUGUUUGUGUAUUGAGGGUUGGCCUGCUAGAGUAGAUGCACCGAGAGUUCAAGUGUGUCCAUUUAAAAACAAUUUAGAAGAACUGUGGUCUGGGAUAACCUAUGACCUCAAUAAGGAAGAGUUGAUAUGGGAGCCGCUGUGUCCUGUCAAAGUGUCAGUUUCUCUGUGCCAUGCCGAUGGCGGGAAAAGCUGCCAAGACCUUGGAAAUGUUUUUCAUUCAGAGGGGCAAAAAGUGAUAUUCUCCUCCGUGGAUCCACACCCAAUGCUUAUUGGUGAAACAGAAUUUGCAAAUGCGCUCUGCAUCAUGGGUUUCUAUUUACGACAUGUUUUGCAGCAAUGA